GCACUCUCAAUAGAACUCUGCCACUCUGCUGCAGAACUGAGCUGGCUGUGUGACGUCACGGGCCCGGGCUGGUUUCAGUCACGUGGCGGGUUGGAGGCCAAGCUGCCUGAAUGCACGAGAGAAGUCAGAGGAGAGCUGUGCAACCUUAAAAGGGGCUCUCCCGGAAACAGCAGCCCCAGCCCAGGGUUAAGGGUGGGAGGAUCUUCUUGAAGGGUCUCAGUCCAGAAUGCAGAGGUGAAAGGGGAAGCAAUGGCUCAAGCAGCUCAGGAACCAGUGACCUUUGAGGAUGUGGCUGUGUAUUUCAGCAAAGACGAGUGGGACCUGCUGGAUCCAAAGCAAAGAGUUUUGUAUAGGGAUGUCAUAAUGGAAAACUAUGAGAAUGUGUCCUUUCCUGGUAACUGGGAAAUAUUAAAGGUUUGCAUGAAGUGUGGGAAAUGUUUUAUAUACACACCAGGUCCUGCCGAACACAGUGAGACCCAGGAAGAAAUGGAAUGUGAAUGUAAAUACUUUCCACAAAAGAUGUUGGUUACACUUCAUGCUACAAACAAAAACUUGGGAUAUGAAGUAUCAAGAAAAUAUUUUUCUUUCCCAUCCGCAAAUAUAAGCCAAGAGCAAUUGGGUACAGGAGAGAAAUCAGAAUUUGCCUGCUACCACAGAUUCCACACAGGAGACAAACCAUACAAAUGCCAGGCAUGUGGGAAAUGUUUUGCUCAGAAGUCGCACCUUAUGAGGCAUCGGAGGCUACAUACAAAAGAGGUGACUUUCACAUGCAGUGAGUGUGGGAAAUGCUUUGCUUCUAAGUCAGAUCUCGUGAGACAUCAGAAAGUCCAUACAGGAGAGAAACCAUACAAAUGUGAGGAAUGCUGCAAAUGUUUUUCUCACAAAACCGAUCUCAUGCGUCAUCAGGGGAUCCACACAGGAGAAAAACCAUAUCAGUGCCAGGACUGUGGAAAAUGUUUUGCUCGCAACACACAGCUUGUAACCCACCACAGAGUCCACACGGGAGAGAAGCCAUACAGAUGCCAAGAGUGUGCGAGAUGUUUUGCUUACAGGACAGAUUUUGUGCUCCACCAAAGGGUCCACACAGGAGAGAAACCGUAUGUAUGUGAGGAAUGCAGAAAGGGCUUCUCUCGCAAGGCACUGCUUGUGGCACAUCGGAGAACUCACACAGGAGAAAAACCAUACAAAUGUGAGGAGUGUGGGAAAUGCUUGGCUUCUAAAUCGGAUCUUGUAAGACAUCAGAGAGUGCAUACAGGAGAGAAACCAUACAAAUGUGAGGAUUGCCAAAAGUGUUUUGCUCACAAGACCGAUCUCAUUCAUCAUCAGGGGAUCCACACAGGAGAGAAACCACACCAAUGCCAGGACUGUGGAAAAUGUUUUGCUCGCAAGACACACCUUGUAACCCACCAACGGGUCCACACAGGAGAGAAGCCCUACAGAUGCCAAGAGUGUGCCAAAUGUUUUGCUUACAGGACAGAUUUUGUGAUCCACCAAAGGGUCCACACAGGAGAGAAACCGUACAAAUGCGAGGAAUGCGGAAAGGACUUUUCUCGCAAGACACUUCUUGUGGCGCAUCGGAGAACUCACACAGGAGAGAAACCAUUCAAAUGUGAAGAGUGUGGGAAAUCUUUUUCUUGCAAGUCAAGUCUGGUGACACACGAGAGAGUCCACAUUGGAGAGAAACCAUAUACUUGCACAGACUGUGGGAAAACCUUCAGCUUUAGGUCGAGCCUUGUUCGCCACCAGCGACUUCACACCGGAGAAAAGCCCUAUAAAUGUUUGGAUUGCGGGAAGCAUUUCAGCCAAAGUUCAAACCUCCUUAAUCACCAGAGAAUCCACACUGGAGAGAAACCCUACAGCUGCGUGGAUUGCGGGAAAUCCUUUAGCAAUAGCUCGAGCCUCACAUCUCACGAGAGAACCCACAGAGGGGAAAAGCCCUAUAAGUGCUCCAGCUGUGGCAAGAACUUCAGUUGCCAUUCGGUGCUUCGGAUCCACGAACGGAUUCACACUGGCGAGAAGCCGUAUGAAUGCCUGAACUGUGGCAAAAGCUUCAGCCGGAGAGAAUUCCUCAUCGGCCACCAGAGAACGCAUACGGGGGAGAAGCCGUAUGAAUGUUUCGAGUGUGGGAAAAGCUUCAGCCAGCGGUCAAACCUUCUUAAUCAUCAGAGAAGCCACACGGGAGAGAAACCAUUCGAGUGUUUACACUGUGGGAAACGGUUCAGCCAUAAGGCGUCCCUUUUUAAACAUGAGAGGACCCACGGUCAGAGUCCAAUGCUGGGAAAGGAUUCAACCACAGUUCAAAUGGCUCUGAAUGUGACAGAACACACAUAAGAAAUGAAACUACAGGUGCAUCUACAUUGGAGUAUGAAAGCAGUUUGAUGCUACUUUAAUGCCAUGGUACACAAAGUAUUAUGUUAUUGAUGGUGAAACUUCAAAUAUGAUGUCAUAUGACAGGUUUAUUGCUUAUCAACACAAUAUAGAGCAGUGGUUCUCAACCUGUGGGUCCCCAGGUGUUUUGGCCUACAACUCCCAGAAAUCCCAGCCAGUUUACCAGCUGUCAGGAUUUCUGG